GUUCGCAACUUACAUAUUGCGAGUAUAUUCAUAUCGUACGUUAACCAACACUGAUUACUCUCAGCCGCGUCUGGAGCUAAACAAAACAACAACAACAAGGGCCGGCAUGUGUGCGAAAAUGUCAAAGCGAAGCGCAAUGCCAAAAAACUAAAAUCUCAUAAGCUGUAGGAAAACUAAUCAGUUCGGUCGACAUACAAUAAAUUUUGUUGUCAAGUGAAUAUCUCAUAAUAUAUUCAACAUUCGAUGAAAGAACAACAAUAAUAAAAAUGGAGUGGCAUGAAAUUAAGGCAAAUGAUAAUAAAUCAGCGACUUUUCCGGAGCGUUCCAUACCUGGUUAUGAGGAGGUGUUCAACAAGCAGGUCGAGAACAGCAGAAUUGCCUCUGACUAUUUCGGAGGCAUCAUUAAUCGCGGCAGCUGGGGUUGGCUAACGCGUAGGAAUAUUGAUUCGGCCACAAUAUUAAUAUGCCAGUUGAGCAAUGGAUUUCGCGUUGCCAGUUACACAUUUUUGCGUGAGAACGAACGCAAGCAGAAGCUAAAGAGCAGCAUACGCUGCGUAGAGGAACUAACAUACACAGGCAUCAACAGUCGCGUCCUUUUGGCUGUAUGCAUUGAAAUUUUACCGGGACAAGCACAAUUGGCCCUCUACACACCCACCAAUAGUCAGGUGCUGCGAUAUAUAGAGCUGAAUAAAUCAGAUCUCAAUGUCUGUUGUAUGACUUCUCUGGAUGAGCAUUUGUGCGAUAAAACCAUAUUCAAUCAAUUUGAUGGCUGCCUAGCUCUGGCCACAACUUCGGGCAGUGUGCUUUUAAUGGAUGUGAAUGCCAAGCAAAUUAUUACCAAUAGGUCCACAAAUGUUGUCCUGCCUGAUACCGAGGUGCAACGCAACGAUAUUUAUUGCAUAACAUCUGUAAAUCGAUUGGAUACGAAGCUCACGCAAUGCCGCCAGCAGAACGCGCAUCUGGCAUUUGAACUAAAGUUACCCGUGACUGCUUUUAAUGGAGUAUCGAGUUUACUUCCAUUGGAAUUGAUUUCCGGCUUCGCUGCCGGUAUGCAGGAUGGACGCAUCUGUGUCUACGAUCUAAGAACACUAGAUCUCGUCGUGCAGCUACGCAUGCCCGUCGAUCAUUCGCCAUCGCCUGUUGUUGGACUCUGUUGCAUUGAGCCGCCGGAUGACCCGCAACCGUGCUUCUACAUUAUCUCCAUUUACGAUCAGGGUGAAGGACUAAUGGCUUCGCUGCAUUCGAUCAACUACAGACGCUCGUCUGCUCUGUCUCUAGACAAAGGCAAUUUUGAUGUGCGUGAUUUUCUAAGCGCAUCCCCGCGCAUUCGCAUAACAUUGGAUAGUGGCAAUUGUUCGAUGAUUAGCUGCAUUACAGUUUCCACUCUUGCUCUUUCCGGAGACUAUGGAACCAUUUUGACUGCCAUUAGCUGGCGUUCUCACAAGGACAAUCGGAAUAAGUUGGUCCUAUUCGAUAUUAAUCAGUGGUACAAGGACGAGAUGCCCAGCCAUCCGCUACCGGAUGACAAGCUGGACUAUCUGUGCGGCUUUUACUUUAGUGGUCAGCACGUUGGACUAUCCAUGCAGAUCGACACAAGCUCGAUUAUUCCGUUUAUAUCCAUGCAACGUCAUGAUGACUAUUAUUAUCCCAAAGCACUGUCAUUCGAUUGUUUCCUGAUGACAGUUAGAGGCUGUCAGCACUUUGAAUAUGUGGGUGUUCAGCGUCGAUUCUUGAGCUCUCUAUACAACAACAAGGCAAAUGUAUUUCUUAAUCCGGAAAUCUAUAUAAGGGAUCUUGUAGACCUGCGGCUGCUGCCGCAAUUCCACGACUUCGAAGCUCAUACGGCACUCUCCAGACGUGAAAUGUACGAGAUGAUUCUGUCAAUGGCAUUGGAACAGGAUUGUCUGUGGCUGUUGAAUAGCUGUGCACGCAAUUGCAUGGAUGGCAGCUUUCUGUGCAACAUGGCGAGUCCGACAAAGCUAACGUUGUCCGUGUUAACCAAUUGGAUUGUGAUGCGUGCCAAGCAAAUCAAAACUCGUUGCUCGGACCUGUGCCAGGGCAUCUUUGACUAUGGGGGCUAUGCGCUGGAUGAGCGCGAACGCAAGGAGCUCAAAAAUCUGAACAGUCAGCUCUGCAAGCUGCAAGACUUACAAGCUUUGCUUUUGACUUUAUCCAAAACUCAAAUAAGUCACGAGCUGGUCGAAGAUUUGGCUCAUACGAAGCUUACACUGAGUGUUCUAUAUGAGUUUCAGCGCAUUCUCUACUGGUUGAUUGAUCGCAGCCUCCUGCCGGUGAACACCGAACAGGAGCAGCAACCGCUGCAGGUGAUACGCCGUGAAUAUGAUGAGCGUCGACUUCGAUUGCAGCGCUCUUCGGAACAUAAUGUCCGGCUCUACAUAGAUGAGCAGCUGCAGCAUUAUGGAUUCCAGGCUGCACUGCAGCAGCUUAAAGAAAAUGGAUUAUAUCCACCUCAAUCGCUGCAAUCGUUAAUGCGUUUAAUGCUGUUGCCGGACGAGAAGUUGGAGCACAAACAUGAGCUAGUGUUGUAUAUGUUGCUGGAUGUGGAACAGAUGUAUAAAGAUAGCAAAAGUGAAUUGCACAUAGAUUUUGCCAUCUCAUUUGGCAUAGCCGAGCCAGUGGUGAAGCGUGUGCGUUCCUUUUGGUUUCUGGACAGGAGUGACUACGAGUUGGCAAUUGAUGCUCUGUAUAGAGGACGGCUUGGUCAUAGCAAUUAUACGGAAUGGCAAACACAGCAUUUGAUUGAAACGUUACUCCAUUACAAUGCUAAUCCGGAGGCGAUGCAAGUGGUGCAAAUGCCACCGGGAUUUGUUUCCUCUGAACUUAAACUAAAAGUGCUCUUGGCUAAUAACAACAUACCGGAAGCAUUUCACCAUGCACGCAUCUACAUGGACGGCGAGGGUCGUCCGUUGCUGGAGCGUUUCUUCCGCCAUUGCAUCCUGGAAGGUAAAUUUAGUGUCCUGGCUACCUUAUGUCUGCGCGACAACGAAGAGCAGCUCAUCUAUCGACAGUUGCGACAAUGCAAAACCCGCACCACAGACAGCAUACAAUUGAUUCUGUUGCUUAAGCGCUGCAAGUAUAUCGAAGCGGUGUCCUUUAUGGACGAGGUGGCCGCGGAGCGGGAUCAUAGCGCAAAUGAUGAGACAAGUGGCAUCCUGUCCGCCUAUCGGACGACCAUGGCGCCCGUCACUCAAUCAAUAGCAGGCACAUAUUUUCGCAUACGCGACAAAUUAAAUGGGGAUCAGUUGAGAAAUGCCUCGCCGGAGCCUUUUAGCUGUCAGCUGGCUAAACAGAGUGCCAACGGUCAGCUCGGCAACAUCUUUCAAAGCUCCGCUCUGAGCGCCCACUGGGCAACGCGCUAUGCAAACGAGCAGCAGACCAUAAGAUUGGACAGUCGUAAUAUGCCUUUUCUGCGCAAUGCCGCGCAAUCAGCUUUGGAGGUGCCACAGCUGCGCCGCCAUGUGCGUCCCACUCAAUUUCAAUGUGCAGAGAAGCGUCUAUAUCCGUCCUGCAGUCGUGAUACAAUCACUCAACGACCUAAGCGUCGUCGCCUGCUGACCGAAGAUGCAGCAAUUUGCAACUUUAGCGAUUCUCAGCAGGAUGUGCAAGAACUGGAACAGGAGCAGCAGCAGCAAGAAACGCCUGUGAAUCUGCACGAAUUACGCUUUGUAAAUGAUUUGCUAAACCCGCCCGGUUAUCUUCUGUCCAAUCCAGGCGUAGAACCGGCAACAGUCACUAGUCAGGAGCAGCGUCCUACCAUACUAAAGCGAUGCUUGACUCGUCGCCAGUCGUUGCAGCGUCCUAGUUUUAGCUUCAUGCCACCCAUACCGCUGGAUCCCUCAAUGCAGGAUGUGGAGAUGGUGGAUAUGAACGAGGCGGAGCAGAUGGGCUUGGAGUUGGAUGGAGAUGAGAUAUUUGUGGAAAUUGAGCAGCAGCCGGCAAGUCCCAGACCCGAGGCGGAGCAGGAACAGCAGCCCCAUAACUCUUCGGACGCAGAUUCCGAGUACAUGUCGCCACUGGCAUCAGCGAAUGCUUCAUUUGUUUCAUUCAUCGAGACCAAACAGGAGCAGCAGCAACAAGAAGAACAACAGCCACCGCAACGUCCAUUGAUAAUGGCACCACCAGCCGGUCCGCAGCCUCGCAGCUCACUUAGCAGCGGCUUUGGCAGCUUUGCUACUCUGCGAAUGGGCAGUACAGUCGGAUCAUUUUUGCCACCUGUUUGCUCCUCGAAGAUGUUCGAGAGCACAUCGAGAGUAAUUAGCAGCAUCAGUAGCAGCCACCAGGUGAAGAUCUCUGAACGAACAACCAUUUGCGGGGACAUGGAUGAGCCGAGUAGUUCGACAACAGCUUGGUCCAUGCCAUCGACAUUGGGUCAGCCUACCCAAAAUGCGGCAGCUACACAGCCACAAAUGCUGGACACGACGCUCGGCAUGUCCAGCUAUGAUAUGACAGCACUGGAGCACAUACCUGAGCAGGCGACAGAGACAAUCUCACAGACAGGCGUUGGGGCAGAAUCAACUCAACCGUCAGCAAGUCCUUUGGCAUACAUAGAUCUGGAUGAAGUCGAAGCCGAAGAUGUGGGAGCGGAGGAGGAGGAGGAUUUGGAGGUGGGCCUUGAGGAGUUAGGGGAAUCGCAACCACAUGAAUCAAAAGUAGCCGAUCAGGAAGAUGUUGCUAAUGUAGAGACGGAGCAGGAGCAUUGCUCAUCCUCCAGCAACGAACAAGCGGCAACGUCACUCACCUACAAUCGUGGCUCGCCCAGCUAUAGUGUAAGCAGCGAACUCUCCGAUUUAUCUUCGCCACGUACAGACGCUCCAGUGUAUUCAAUUGUAGUGGAGUCUACCAAUUCCAUUAGUGACUCACGUUCACCCACCUCUCAUACGCCCAACUCCUUUCUGCCCAGCGAUACGAAUGUCUCUCAGAAUUCGAGUCCACGUGCUGCUCAUGGUGUGGCCGGCGAAGGCGGCUCCAAUCGUUCGCUUUAUCGUGCAAAUAGCUUAGAAACGGUGGAUGAUCUAGACACCACAAAAGGCUCGUUGGAGGAGGACGACGAUGUGGAUGAGGAGGAUGAGUGUGUCAUAGCACUCGAUGGCACCGAAGUGCGCGGCUAUGUGGCACGCCCCGAACCCUUGGCUGCUUGCAGCAGCGCCGAACUCUUUGCCUUCAAGCAGCAGGAUGAAACGGAGCUGCAGGCCAACAAAGCGCCAUGCUCCUCAUUGGUUAACAGUGAUUCAGUUAUGGCCUAUACCAUCAAUUUGGACAGCGUAGACAGCGUAGAACUGCAGCCGGCAACGGUAGAAGUUGCCUCCAUUGCCGGCUCCAGCAGCGAAUCCGUAGCUACAGUCGCCUACAGUGAGCACAAGGCGCAGCAGGAGAUGGAGCUGCAAAUAAAAGAGAAAACUGCAGUGACACCUAAAACGGAAGAACCCGCUCAAAGCCCUACAAUUUCAACUGUUUCAGUUGCCAUCAAUCUGGACUCUGAUGUGGACUCCAAUCCCAGUUUGUUGUUGCUUUCCGAUAAAGAGGAAAUGGAUGUGGACAUGGAAGAGGAUUGCAAGAUAAAUGUUGAUACUGUGGCUGAGAAGCAGGAUCCAAUGGAGGAGCCAAUGACUUUAGAUUUCGAUAAGGAAAUCGCGGCAGAAGAGGAGAAGGGGCGGUUGGACGUCUCGCUGCCCACUCAAGUUGAGGUCCCCAAACAGGUAACUGUGCGUGGGAAACGCUCAAGCUUAAGUAGAACACCGCCCGUGCCGGAGCGCAGCAUACGGCUUCGCAGCGAUGAUAAUCCCAGAAGUCUAUCGUCCAACCGAAGUACUCCAUCCCCCUCUCUUACUGGACCUCAGCUGCGUUUGCGCAGCACCAGUAGCUACGGAGCUCUUGCUGACGACCAAGCCACCGAUGCAGAAAGUUCACGUGGUGCCACCGACAGUCCUGUCCAGUCGAAAAAUAAUUCGAUAUCCAAACGUCGCGUUCUGCGUGGCAGUUCAUUGCCACCUAUAUCAACUGUGCCAGUGUCCACACCCAAGCGUCGCCGAAAGCAGUUGGCCCAUCCAUUGGAGGUAAUAGAGGAGACCGGCGAAGGCUCGUCGUCCACACCGCGCACACGUUCGCGCGCACAGCUCGAACUGUUGGCGGCUACCAAUCAGAGUAAAGCAGUAUCUGAACAGAAUGAGGAUAGCGGAACGCCGCAACGCAAGCUGCGCAGCAAUAGUGAGCCGCCUAUUCUAAUGACCGUUCUGACUCCAACCAGAGAUAGACGUCGCCGUAAACCUAGCGGAACCGACCAAGACCAACCGACACAGGAUGUUACACCAAGGCAACUACGCAGUCGCCGCAAUACAUCCGAGUUAGACGCUGAACAAGCUGCGGCACCUUCGCCCCAGGUUAGUGACGCCAGUGUGCCGCUUAAAAAACGUGGGCGUACCAAGAAGUAGUCACUCACACACAAACAUUGUUUUCUUUAGUUGAUACAAAAAUUGCUUUUGCAUGAUAUAUUUUUUAAUUUUCUUUGGUUUGUUUAUGGAGUUUAAAUUGCCAGGGGUCGGCAAAAUCGUUAAAAUGUAAAAAAAAGAAAACGAAAAUGCAAGUGCAAAACAAAAAAAUAAAAAGAAAAGAAAAAUGUAAGUGCAAAACAAAAUUUUAAAAUAGGUGAAUAACUGUUAACUGUUUGGUGUUGCCCAAUCGUCUGUAACAGAACAAUAUAUCGAUAGCAUCGUUAUGAAACUGUAACAAUGUGAACGCAAAAUUUAUAAAUCUUUUAAAUAUGUAUUAUUAAAUUUGAUUUUAGAUAUAUACAAUUAUAUACCGCAGUUUAAAAUAUCUAUGUAAUUGUUGAAUGUACGAAUGAAUUAAAAAAAAA